AUGGAGAGUGAGAAAAACACAGAUGAGGAUGCUCCAUAUCAUGAGAGACAACAGAAAGAAUUAUGUGCUUUACAUGUAUUGAAUAAUUUAUUUCAAGAUAAAAAUCCUUCAGAUAGAUUCACUAAGAAGGAUUUAGAUGAUAUCUGCAUCAGGUUAUCACCAGAUAGUUUUAUUAAUCCCCAUCGGAGUUUUCUAGGUCUGGGUAAUUACGAUGUUAAUGUUAUUAUGUCUGCCGUUCAAAGAAAAGGUUGUGAAACAGUUUGGUUUGAUAAAAGAAAGAGUAUCAAUUCUCUGAUAUUUGAGAAUAUUGUGGGAUUUAUAUUGAAUAUUCCAACAGACUAUAGACUAGGAUUUGUGCGAAUUCCUCUUCAUAGGAAACAUUGGAUUGCUAUCAGGAAAUUACAGGGCUUAUAUUGCAAUUUAGAUUCGAAAUUAGAAUCACCAGAGACAAUUGGAACUGAGGAGGAACUAAAAGACUUUCUGAAAUCUCAGCUAGAUGAUGUGAAUAAGGAAUUAUUAUUAGUUGUUCAUUCUGAAAUCAGUGAAUCAGGGCGUUGGAGAAAGGACAGUAUAGAACAUAAUGAUAAUAAAAUAAACCACUUUUAA